AAGCCCUAAAGGUUCCCUCUCUUCUCGUCGAAACGACGAUCUCCCUCCCUCCCUCCGCUCCUUUCACCAUGCCUACUCGUUUCUAGAAAGAUGAAACAGAUCUCGAACCCCGUCAAUCUAAUCUCUCGAUUUUUUUUUUCCAAUCUCCAUUGAUCUAAGUCUCUAAUCCAAACAUCGAUUUGGUAAAGAAUCUACCCAUCUCCCGUUUCGAUUUUCCUCAAAUUUUUACUCGAAAAAAGGAGAGAUCUUUCGGAUUAAAGUUCCGUGCUUUCUUCAUAAACAGAUCAAAGGAAGGGACUUUUGACUAAAGUGACUGAGUGGUAAAAAACGGUGUCGUUCGAGAUGGGAAUGAGACGAACCACCAGAGUUUUCGGUGUCGCUAAACCCCUAGACGGAGCUCGUGUCCUCCGCUCUGGUCGCCGAAUCUCUCACAACGUCGACGAACCUAAAGAGGUGAAGCGAGCCAAAGGCAAAGGAGACAACAACAAAGGAGAAGACUUUACUGCUAACAAACGGAGAAAAGUGAGUAGUGAAUCUGAGGGAGAUGUUGAUAAGAAGUUUGGGAUUGUAUAUAGUAGGAAAAGGAAGAGUCUUUCUAACCAAUCUAGUUCUAGGAAACCACCUCAAAGCCUCAAGUUUUAUUCCAGGCGGAAAAGAAUACUCUCUGUUGUUCCUGUGAUUACUCUUAGAGUAGUUUGGUCAUGUAAGGGUUGCUGGUUGUCGACUGUUUUCGGUUUGGUAAUGAGGUACUUGAGGAGGAGGGGGCAACUUAGUCUGACUUCUUUAGCUUCUUUCUUCCUGUCUCAACCGAUCAAGGACGUGUUUGCAGAUCAUGGGGUUCGGUUUCUUGCGGAGGCUCCUUUUAGCUCAAGGGGUGUAUGCAGAUUCUUUGGGGAGAUGAAUAGUCUUCCUCUGUUUUCAGCUGAUUUUUCUGCUAUUCCUGGGUGUUUCAUGGCUAUGCAUUUGACGGUUUUUCUCAGAGUGGCAACAUGGGGUUUUGGUUUUGUGGAGAGAUAUCUGUGUUUGCUGAACAAUCCGGUUGAAGAGUGUGAAUCAGAGUCUGAGUUAGUUUUGUCUCCACCUUGUAGUCCAAGGAACAAUGGAGAUGUAGUUGGGUUACAUCCGUUAGUGAGAGGCUCAAAGUUAACUGUAGGGAAUGGUCAAUGUAGAAACAGUUUAGGUUUUCAUGGUAUCCAGAGGGGGAGAAGAAGCUCUUUAAGAAAGAGACGAGGCGGGAACAUUUCGCGUAGUGUACUAGUACACAAGUACAAUGUAGUAUCGCAACAGAGUGGGAAAGUCAUUCCUAUACCUGGUGUAAGACAAGUGUGUGGGUAUGGGGAUGAUGAUGAUGAUUCUCCCUCGUUUUCUAUGCCGGUUCAAUAUAUCUCUCUGAAAGAAGAUGAGGUUUCAAGGGCCUUGGGUAGAAGUAGUGCGAUCUAUGACAUGGAUUCUGAAGAUGAAGAGUGGCUGAGAAAGCAGAACGUGCAAGUGUUUGGUAAAGAAGGUCGAGUGAUUCUUGAGCAAGAUAGUUUUGAAUUGAUGAUUGAUGGGUUUGAAAAGCGCUGUUUCCUGAGCCCUGCCAAUGAUCCCUUGGGUGAGAAAGCAACCAUUGUUGCUAGUCUUUCAUAUCUGGGAAGGCAAGAGGUGGUUGAAGCAGUACAUGGUUACUGGUUGAGGAAAAAGAAGAAGCGAAAAGCACCACUCCUUAGAGUUUUCAAGGUUAAUCAAGCGAAGAAAACUCCUCUGCCUUCCAAAACUGUGUUUCGUAAGGGAAGGUCCUUCAAAAGGCAGGGGAGUCAGCUCCAUAGAAAAAUUAAACAGCUAAAUCUCGGGGCUGUAAAGACGGCUGAACAAGAAGCUUUGGAGGAGCAAGAGGCUAUUCUUCGAGUGGAAGAAACCAAAGCCUUGGCUGAAGCAACCAUGGAGAUUGCCAUUGCUAGAAGAAGAAGAGCGCAAGUUCUUGGAGAGAAUGCAGAUUUGGCUGUUUUCAAAGCCACGAUGGCUCUUAAGAUUGCAGAAGCCAAGAAAGUAGCUGAACCGAUCGAGUUGUCUUCAAAACUAUUCUUGAACUGAUCGAGUUGUCUUCAAAACUAUUCUUGAACUGAU